GGCGCCGGGAGCCCGAGCAGAGCCAGCCGGGGCGCCCAGCGGCGCGCUCAGCCAGCAGCCGCGCCGGCGAUGCGGGGCCGCCCCGCGCCCGCCCCAGCCCCGGCCGCGGCCCCCGCGGGAAGGGGCUGAGUCGCCCGCCGCCGCCCGGAUGGCGAGCCUCGCCGCGCUCGCCCUCAGCCUUCUCCUGCGGCUGCAGCUGCCGCCGCCGCCCGGCGCCGGGGCGCAGAGCGCCGCAGGUGGCUGUUCCUUUGAUGAGCACUACAGCAAUUGUGGUUAUAGCGUGGCCCUGGGGACCAAUGGGUUUACCUGGGAGCAGAUUAACACAUGGGAGAAACCAAUGCUGGACCCAGCAGUGCCCACAGGCUCCUUCAUGAUGGUGAACAGCUCCGGGAGGGCCUCGGGCCAGAAGGCCCACCUGCUGCUGCCGACUCUGAAGGAGAACGACACCCACUGCAUCGAUUUCCAUUACUACUUCUCCAGCCGAGACAGGUCCAGCCCAGGGGCCUUGAACGUCUACGUGAAGGUGAAUGGCGGGCCCCAGGGGAACCCGGUCUGGAACGUGUCCGGGGUCGUGACUGAGGGCUGGGUGAAGGCAGAGCUCGCCAUCAGCACCUUCUGGCCACAUUUCUACCAGGUGAUAUUUGAAUCCGUCUCUUUGAAGGGUCACCCUGGCUACAUCGCCGUGGACGAGGUCCGGGUCCUUGCUCAUCCGUGCAGAAAAGCACCUCACUUCCUACGGCUCCAAAAUGUUGAGGUGAACGUGGGGCAGAACGCCACAUUUCAGUGCAUUGCUGGCGGGAAGUGGUCUCAGCAUGACAAACUUUGGCUCCAGCAAUGGAAUGGCCGGGACACAGCCCUCAUGGUCACUCGUGUGGUCAACCACAGGCGCUUCUCGGCCACGGUCAGCGUGGCGGACACUGCCCAGCGUAGCGUCAGCAAGUACCGCUGCGUGAUCCGCUCUGACGGGGGCUCCGGCGUGUCCAACUACGCGGAGCUGAUCGUGAAAGAGCCUCCCACGCCCAUCGCGCCCCCAGAGCUGCUGGCUGUGGGAGCCACCUACCUGUGGAUCAAGCCAAAUGCCAACUCCAUCAUAGGAGACGGCCCCAUCAUCCUGAAGGAGGUGGAAUAUCGCACCACCACAGGGACCUGGGCCGAGACCCACAUAGUCGACUCUCCCAACUAUAAGCUGUGGCACCUGGACCCCGAUGUGGAGUAUGAGAUCCGCGUGCUACUCACCCGACCCGGUGAGGGGGGCACGGGACCACCAGGACCUCCCCUCACCACCAGGACCAAGUGUGCAGACCCAGUACAUGGCCCACAGAACGUGGAGAUUGUGGACAUCCGAGCCCGGCAGCUGACCCUGCAGUGGGAACCCUUCGGCUACGCAGUGACCCGCUGCCACAGCUACAACCUCACGGUGCAGUACCAGUACGUGUUCAACCAGCAGCAGUACGAGGCGGAGGAGGUCAUCCAGACCUCCUCCCACUACACCCUCCGGGGCCUGCGCCCCUUCAUGACCAUCCGCCUGCGGCUCCUGCUGUCCAACCCCGAGGGCCGGAUGGAGAGCGAGGAGCUGGUGGUGCAGACGGAGGAGGAUGUUCCAGGAGCUGUUCCUCUAGAAUCCAUCCAAGGGGGACCCUUUGAAGAGAAGAUCUACAUCCAGUGGAAACCUCCCAAUGAGACCAAUGGGGUCAUCACGCUCUAUGAGAUCAACUACAAGGCUAUUGGCUCACUGGACCCGAGUGCUGACCUCUCCAACCAGAGGGGAAAAGUGUUCAAGCUCCGGAAUGAAACCCACCACCUCUUUGUGGGUCUGUAUCCAGGGACCACCUACUCCUUCACCAUCAAGGCCAGCACAGCGAAGGGCUUUGGGCCUCCUGUCACCACUCGGAUCGCCACCAAAAUUUCAGCCCCAUCGAUGCCUGAGUAUGAUACCGACACCCCAUUGAAUGAAACGGACACGACCAUCACGGUGAUGCUGAAGCCUGCUCAGUCCCGGGGAGCCCCUGUCAGUGUUUAUCAGCUGGUUGUCAAGGAGGAGCGACUUCAGAAGUCACGGAGGGCCGCAGACAUAGUUGAGUGCUUCUCGGUGCCUGUGAGCUAUCGGAAUGCCUCGAGCCUCGAUUCCCUACACUACUUUGCUGCUGAGUUGAAGCCUGCCAACCUGCCUGUCACGCAGCCAUUUACAGUAGGUGACAACAAGACAUACAAUGGCUACUGGAACCCUCCUCUCUCCCCCCUGAAAAGCUACAGCAUCUACUUCCAGGCACUCAGCAAAGCGAACGGAGAAACCAAAAUCAACUGUGUUCGUCUGGCUACGAAAGGUGCCUCCACCCAGAAUUCUAACACUGUGGAGCCAGAGAAGCAGGUGGACAACACCGUGAAGAUGGCAGGCGUCAUUGCUGGCCUUCUCAUGUUCAUCAUCAUUCUCCUUGGUGUGAUGCUCACCAUCAAAAGGAGAAGAAAUGCUUAUUCCUACUCCUAUUACUUGAAGCUGGCCAAGAAGCAGAAGGAGACACAGAGUGGAGCCCAGAGGGAAAUGGGACCCGUGGCCUCAGCUGAUAAACCCACCACCAAGCUCAGCACGAGUCGCAAUGAGGAAGGCUUCUCCUCUAGUUCUCAAGAUGUGAAUGGAUUCACAGAUGGCAGCCGUGGGGAGUUGUCCCAGCCCACCCUCACCAUCCAGACUCACCCCUACCGGACCUGCGACCCCGUGGAGAUGAGCUACCCCCGGGACCAGUUCCAGCCAGCCAUCAGGGUGGCCGACCUGCUCCAGCACAUCACUCAGAUGAAGAGAGGCCAGGGCUAUGGGUUCAAGGAGGAGUACGAGGCUUUACCAGAGGGACAGACGGCUUCAUGGGACACUGCCAAGGAGGAUGAAAACCGCAAUAAGAAUCGAUAUGGGAACAUCAUAUCCUAUGACCAUUCCCGAGUGAGGCUGCUGGUGCUGGAUGGAGACCCACACUCGGACUAUAUCAACGCUAACUACAUUGACGGGUACCACCGGCCACGGCACUACAUUGCAACUCAAGGUCCAAUGCAGGAGACAGUGAAGGACUUUUGGAGAAUGAUUUGGCAGGAGAACUCAGCCAGCAUCGUCAUGGUCACGAACCUCGUGGAAGUGGGCAGGCACCCAGCGGAACACACUGUGGGAAAUGCCACUCUAGGCCGCGCGGCGUCCCCCGGAAUGGUGAAAUGUGUGCGAUAUUGGCCAGAUGACACUGAGGUCUACGGAGACAUUAAAGUCACCCUGAUUGAAACAGAGCCCCUGGCAGAAUACGUCAUUCGCACCUUCACGGUCCAGAAGAAAGGCUACCACGAGAUCCGAGAGCUGCGCCUCUUCCACUUCACCAGCUGGCCUGAUCACGGCGUCCCCUGCUACGCCACCGGCCUACUGGGCUUUGUCCGCCAGGUCAAGUUCCUCAACCCGCCCGAAGCCGGGCCCAUCGUGGUCCACUGCAGCGCCGGAGCUGGGAGGACCGGCUGCUUCAUCGCCAUCGACACCAUGCUUGACAUGGCCGAGAACGAGGGGGUGGUGGACAUCUUCAACUGCGUGCGUGAGCUUCGGGCCCAAAGGGUCAACCUGGUGCAGACGGAGGAGCAGUACGUGUUUGUGCACGACGCCAUCCUGGAGGCGUGCCUCUGCGGCAACACCGCCAUCCCUGUGUGUGAGUUCCGCUCUCUCUACUACAGUAUCAGCAGGCUGGACCCCCAGACCAACUCCAGCCAAAUCAAAGACGAAUUUCAGACCCUCAACAUCGUGACGCCACGUGUCCGGCCCGAGGACUGCAGCAUCGGGCUUCUGCCCCGUAACCAUGACAAGAAUCGGAGCAUGGACGUCCUGCCCCUGGACCGCUGCCUACCCUUCCUCAUCUCAGUGGACGGAGAGUCCAGCAACUACAUCAAUGCGGCUCUGAUGGACAGCCACAAGCAGCCUGCUGCCUUCGUGGUCACCCAGCACCCUCUACCUAACACCGUGGCGGACUUCUGGAGGCUGGUGUUCGAUUAUAACUGCUCCUCUGUGGUGAUGCUGAAUGAGAUGGACACUGCCCAGCUCUGUAUGCAGUACUGGCCCGAGAAGACCUCUGGGUGCUACGGGCCCAUCCAGGUGGAGUUCGUCUCUGCAGACAUCGACGAGGACAUCAUCCACAGAAUAUUCCGCAUCUGUAACAUGGCUCGGCCACAGGAUGGGUAUCGUAUAGUCCAGCACCUCCAGUACAUCGGCUGGCCCGCCUACCGGGACACGCCCCCCUCCAAGCGCUCUCUGCUCAAAGUGGUCCGUCGGCUGGAGAAGUGGCAGGAGCAGUACGAUGGGAGGGAGGGCCGCACCGUGGUCCACUGUCUAAAUGGGGGCGGCCGCAGUGGAACUUUCUGUGCCAUCUGCAGCGUGUGUGAGAUGAUCCAGCAGCAAAACAUCAUUGAUGUAUUCCACAUCGUGAAAACGCUGCGUAACAACAAAUCCAACAUGGUGGAGAACCUGGAACAGUAUAAAUUUGUAUACGAGGUGGCGCUGGAAUAUUUAAGCUCCUUUUAGCCCAAUGGGAUGGGGAACCUGCCAGAGACCAGAGGCUGCUGCGGCCAAGCCCCCUUUCCUGUGACUGGCCGGGACUGGGCACGGGGGCUGAAAGGCGGCACCUCUGCCCACCUCCAAGGAGAAGACUGGGUGGCCCCACACUCCAGGGCAGGCUCUGCACCUUCUGUAGCUGUGGGAGAUGCUGCUUUGAAAGGCCCAGGCUUCCCUUCCACACCCGACAGCCACAGCCACAGGCCCAAGCAGAAAUGCACCCACAAGCAAGGCCCCUGGACUUUCAGUUCUCAGACCUCUUGCAUUUGUUCUUUUCGAUUUUGUGAAUCUUAUGACAAGCCGACUGCACAGGUGCUGGGGGGUGAGAGGCCCAGCAGUACUUCCCCUGCCCUACUUCUCUUUAGGAGUGGGGGGGGUCGUGUUCUACUCCUCCAUGCUAUGGUGGGAAAGAUUGGGGGUCUUGGGGUCCCUGGUCUGCUGCUCCCUGAUUUCUCCUUUGGGGACCUCUGGCAUCAGACACCUGCCAGUGUGCAUCACUGUGGCCUUAGGAGCUCCCUAGGCCACAGCGGAGGCCCCCAUCCUCUCUGUGGCCCACACCCAACCCGCAUGGGGCUUGGCCCACUACCAUUCUGUACCCAUCCCCCAGCCCAGGCCUUGACCUCAGAGUCCACAGCAUUCUUCGAUCUAGGUUUUCUCUGUGCUUUUGUGGUCAGUAGGGAGGGAGUGGAACUAAAGGGAACUUUGCUGCUCCUCCUUGUGUUUGUAAAGAGGGGCCACCUCCAUGGGGCCAGGCUCUGGCUGACUCACGUGAUGGAAACCCCGUAUCUCUUGGGUGAUGGUUUCUUUGGGGAGGGACAAACAAAAUAAGAUGUGAUUAUUUUUCAAAGUGUAUGUGAAAAGAACUUUCUUUUAAGGGGUAUAAAAUCAUAGUCUCUAAUGUCAAAAAAACAAAAAGAAAGAAAAAAAAGUUUGAAUGUGUAGCUAUAAGACAGAUCUCUCAGGCCCGUUAUUUUCUUGACAUUGUCCUUAAAAGGUCCCACCCUGGAACAGCACAGCCACUAAGCUAGGAAAAGAUGGGCCAGUCUGAAGAGGUGUCUGUGGUUUCUGGGGCAGAUAGAGCACCAGCUUUCCACAUAAUCUUUGAUCUCUAAAUUCAACUCCUCCCUAAAGAAAACCAGCUGCCAUCUUGAAAACGGCCUUUAUGGAUCAAGUAUACUUUGCUUUAAAAUAGUAGGCCACAGGGAUCAGGCCUGGGGUUCUGGGAUCUUGCCCAAAGUAAGGGUGAGACAAUGAAAGGGAGCCGACAUUGCUAAUCAUCUGUUUAUGCCCAGGAUCAUGGUUUGCACCUCCCAUACAGCAUUUCAUAUAAUCUUAGAACCCCCAUGAGAGAGCUGUUAACUUGCUAUCAUCUCUGUUUUACAGUGAAAAAACUGAAGCCCCUUCCCUCAGUGAUGAAAUUCUGGGUUCCAAAAAGGCAGGUAACUGUAAUGAGACUUGUUUAUACUGUUUCCUUCAUCCUUUCCCAGCCAAGCAAUUAUUUUAUGGAGGGAAAAAUAAAGCCCAAGACUUCUGAGCAGAGACCUCCACAAAUGGAAAUUUAAUUCUUCCUAAUAUCAGUUCUCCUAGGAAGCCUAGAAUCUCAGAUAUAUUUUAGUAAUUCAUUCCUGGCUCUCCAGGAAAGCAAGCCUCAUCUAAUUUCUUAGCCAGAAUCUCUUAGCCUGUUUCCUCAGGCUGUAAGUUCUGCCAGCCAGGGACACCCUCUCUGCCUUGGUCUCUAGCUGGUGCUCACGUACAAUAUCUGAGAGCCUCUGGGUGGCCUGGAAUCUAGGAAGCCCCAUCUUGGAGGCUGGUCUAGCCCCAUAUAAGAUAUGAGGAGCACAGAAUUCAAUAAGGCACUGUUUUUCCUUCAAAAGCUCACUGGAGAAAACAGACAAAGUGAAACCACAGUGCAAAAGUCAUGGACUGCAUAGGUGUUCUAUGAGCCUGCAAGCAUGAGAAGCUAACUCUGUCUAAGGCUUCUUAAGGGUGGUAACAUCCAUCCUCACUUGAUCUUAAGUAGAAAAAGGAAGAAAAGGAAAUUCAAGCCAAGGCAUCAGCAGGUGCAAUGGCAAAGAGAUGUGAAGAAGGUGGGCAGUGCAUGGUGUGAGGUCAGCCCAGCUGGAGCAAAGCAGGGUGAGGGGUGGGCAGGAGACGAGCCAGGCUCAGGGAGAUGAAUGCUUGGCUUAGUGGUCUGGACCUUGCCCAAAAGGCACCAAGGAACCAGGGGAGCUUUCGACUGAUGUGCUUAGCUCUGUUUUGGAGAAGGCUCCCUCUGGGGCCAGUGGGACAGCCUCUUUUUCUUUCAUCAGACACUGUGAAACAUCCUCUUAGCUGUGUACUCUUUAAUAUCACAUCUGUUUGUCUGUCUGCUCAUUAUUGUGUUGCUGGAACAAGAUAUGUAGUGGAUCGUGAGACUCGGUGAGAAACCGAGUCUCUGCCCUAUGAUGGAAUGGGGUCACCAAGCCAGGCUGCCAGGCCCACAGGGCACAGGACAUGAAAGGGGACGGUGGAAGGUGCUCCCCUUGGGUGGGCUCUGGACCUGUCUGGAAGCCUGUGGGUACCAGACUUGAUCAAGGAAGGGCUGUUACUUUGGAGGUUCAAAGGAAGCAUCUCAAAGUAAACAAAGGUAAAGGAACCCCAGGACUAACUGGCUUUUUGCCUUUGAUGGGCCUCUUCCCGGGUGUGUUUGAGCAGGUCCCCAGGACUCAGCCCCUGCUGGUCCUGCUGCCUUCCCCUGGCUCCAGCCUGCAGCCCUAGCUGCCCUUCCCUCGGCCUGCAAGGAGCCUGCAGCAGGGCCUCUGGUGCACUAUGUUCUCAGAUGUUGUCUCACCCAGAUGAGAUGGGGGACGGGGGGGGUACAGAGGAGGCUGCUAAACACAAAUCCUAGGAUUUAUUCUGCUCAGGAAAGGGUGAACAGCCUGAUAGAGAAGAAUGACAGUGGCUUCUAUAAUUUCAAACGGGAGGAAUUUAAAAUAUGACUUCAUUGUAAAAACUCAGGCCAUGGCGGGGUAGCCCAGCAAGGGCCGAAGAUGAUUCCCCCAGCUCAUCCCCCCAUCUUCUCACAACCCAACCAUCCUCCAAGGAAGGCAGGACAGUGAACAGGCCUAGGCCAGUUUACACAAGAAGAAAUAGGCUCAUGGUUAGGAACUCCAUUCCUAAGAUCCCACGUGGCAAAUAAGAGGCAGGGCUUGGAUGAGAGGGGGCACUGGCACCCAGGAACUCAGACCUGGCCCCUUGCCCAGGGAAUCUCUUGAGCCAACACCACCUUCUCUGGGGUAGUCUCCCACCUCUCCCCAGUUACAGGGUAGACUCAUCCUUUCAUGUCACAGAGGAAAGUAGUAUUAAUGCCCUCUGAAUCUCCCCAACAGCAGCUAUACAGGGAGUGCCCUGAAUUGGAACACAGCUUCCUCUGGGUCUUGCCUCCUGGAUAUGGACCAUAUCUGGAAAAAAUGCAAGGAAUUAAUAAGCCAGGAACCAUCCCAACCUGCAUGUGUUUAUGGUCUAUAUGGUAUCAGGAUAUAUCCGAACUGUACCCUGACACUGUAUCCUCUCACCCUUUAUGGUGGGAAGAUCCUGAGCCAGCCAGGGGCCUCUGGGCUCCAGCUGGCCACAGCAGGCCUCCUUUUGUGAGGACAGAAGGGAUCACUUUGUCUUUAGUGCUGAUCCUCUUUGCAGGUGUGGCCUGAAUAGAGGCCUGCCAGAUGUCAGCCUUCGUGUGAAGCCAGCAGACCCUGUCCUGGGGAGCCUCACAUGUCAGUUCACCAAAUUCUAGGUAGGGUUUGUGAUUGUCACCAUUUUACAGAUGAGGAAAGUGAGGCUCAGAGGGGCGGAACCACUUGCCCACAGUCAUAUAACUAAUGAGUCAGCCAGGAUUUAAGCUGUGUUUUUUCUGACUUCAAAGAAUAUUUUUCCCACCACUGUCUCAGAUUGUCCCACAGGAUUAUUUAUCCUUAGCAGCAGAGACUAGAGUGAAACAGGUAACUCAGUGGAUCUGGGUAAAGCCCAAAGAAGAUAAUAGUAAGCUUAAAAUUUCUUCAGAGUCUCAUGUUUUAUUUUAACAAUUCAUGGAAUAUUUGCAUUCCACUCCCUUCAGAUAGUCUGAUUUGUUUUAAUAUGACUAUAUAAAUAUCUUGUAAAAACCAUGUACCUUAUCCCUCCUAUGGCUUUGAUACCCUCAGUUCACUGUGAUGUGCCCUGGGGAAUUAUAACCUAGUCUGAGACACAGGGCUGGCCAUGCUGCGUCCUUCUGAGGCCAAGUCCAGACUCAAACUCAAGACCAGCUCACUUUCCCCUAGGCAGAUCCUUCAGUGUACGGAUAUCCUGACCUUACUGCUCAUGGGUUAACCUCAACUCAGGUCUCCUCUAGUGGGGUGUUGGAGGGGACCCACUGGCACAGGCUAGAAUGUUGAAGACUUGCCUAUGUGGCAUGGUGAAGGCUGAGCCUGUAAAACCCUAAAGGAAAUGGAGAAGCUGGACAUAGCCUCAUUCAGCAGAUUCCUGAAUGCUGGGGCUUCUGUAAGGUAGUGUCCUUGUCCAGGUGCAGUUGGGGGACAUGCUUCACAUGAGGUGCUGGGGUCAGGAAGCCUCCUCACUUUAACUCAGCCACUCACAUUUACUGGGUUUCUACAACAUGCAGAGCUCUGGAGGGUCCAGGAAGCACAGAUUACUAGGGCACAGCUCAACCUUUGGCGAGCUAUGUGGUUGUGUACAAAGAGCUCAGGCUUUGGUUAAAAUCCAAGUCCUUACAUUUCUUGGCUAUAGAACCUUGCCCAACCAAUUAAUGCAAAAAAAAAAAAAAAAAAAAAAGAUGUGAGAAAAGUAGAGAGAGAAGGUUGAAUUUGGAGGACUUUGGGCAGGGAAACAGGAAAACAAGGCCAGGAAAUUGGGACCCAGCAGAGAUAAUGAGAACCAAGGAUGGACAAAGUGGUCACUUCCAUGACACUGCAGGACAGGGGGUGGGUGAAGGUUCUGAUGAGAACCACCUGGAGCAAAGGUGCUGCUUUGGAACAAAUCUUGGAGUCGGGGGAAAAGAUGAUUUUCCCUCUGACCAAUCAUAUUUAUUCAUCAGCCAUUCCCUUCACUACCACACUAGCUCCUGCUGUGUGUUCUCACCAAGAUCCACAUUUCCUCAGCUCUGGUGUGAACCCUGUAGAGCGCAGAGAGGUGUCAGACUAGCAAGGCUGCUGCAGACAACAGAAAUGAGGCUCAGGAAGGGAGGAGCAGCCAGGCGCUCAUCAUGUCAUCUCUGCAGGAGUGACUGCCCACCCAGAGCCAGAGACAGGGAAGCAAACAGAAUGAAGACAGCUGCCCUUCCUUAGCCUGCAGCUGGCCAAUCCUAGCUGAGCAGACAGGCCAUCAGCACCAAGCUGAGUCAGGAGUAAUGUCAUGGAAGAUAUGUGUGAGCCCAAGGGAAAGCAUCAGCAGGGCAUAGCCAUAAGGUCAGUCGAUUUGACUGGGCUGACCCAAGUGGUAGGACAGGGCAGAAGUUAAGACAUGAGUCACAUGGAUGGUCAUGCCAUCCCAAACCUCUGACUUGCCUUCCCUACCAUCCUACUGGUCUGAGCUCCAUCUCUGCCUCUGACAUCAACUCCACCUCACAGCCAAAUAAAACAGGGAAAUAGGCAAAGAACACCAAACUGUAGGAGACCGGCUGAUUCGGCCUUAAGUGCCACCCAUGCAAAGGCUUCUUCUUGGAGGUUUCUCCAUCUACACAUAUCUAGAAGUGAUAUAAUGUAGGGUCUUGUGUUCACUGAGUAAGAAUUUGCAUUUCAGGUCUUAUACUCUCUGAACAACAGGGAAAGGGGUCAGUGGUGGAGAGUGGGGGGCUGUUCCAGCUCCAGUUUCCUCUGACACUUAUUGAAGGGCCAUGAUCUGAUCCUCAGAAGCACAGGAAAGAUGUCUAAGCCAUAAUUGUGCACAUGUGCAGAGUGUCCUCCAGUUCAUUCAUAACCAGGGAUGGACUGCACUGUAGCUCUGGCUUUACAACUGUCUUGAAGAUACCAAGGCCCUCUCUUGCAUCCCUCCUGCCCACCUCCAGAAGAGGUGGGAAAAGGUCAUCAAAGGGGCCACAUUUCCCCCCUGAAAUCUACCCAUGAAUGUUGGGUCCCCAAGAGGAGCUUGGUGGUAGCCCGUUGGGGCUCAUAUAAGAAAUAUGGAAGGACUCAGUAUGGAAGAGAGUCUAAUGGGAAGAGCUGUUUGGGCUGGAUCACUGAGGGUUUCCUUCUGCAUCUGAGAGAUGCUGUGGGUGGUGGAAUCUGGAUGCUGACUCUUGGUUGGAAUGUUAAGAGAUUGAGAGUGUGGAGGGCUUAAAGUGUUGGACAGAAAUGUCUCGGUAUGAAAGCUCAGAGCUUGGGGUAAACAGCGCAGUUCAUCAUUCCUGGGUGAGGGGGUCUCUUGGAUUUGGGGGGACAAGGGGAAUGGGAAGCAGCAUGCCAAAUUUGCAAAAUUGAAUCCCUACACAAGUAUUUUGGUGCUUUGGGGUUUAUGAAUAUAAAUCAUCAGACCUCCUAUGUGAUGCUUUGAAAAACUCUCAGUGUCCCACCCUACCCCUGUCUCUCCCAUGGGAGAUUUAUUAUGUAAGGUGUUCCUUGGGUCAAAGCCCCAGGAGCAGUCUGGAAGAUCAGAGGGCAGAGUGGUGUCAUCCCAGGUAAAAACCAGGCUUCAGACGGCUUAGGAAGAAUACUAGAGUCCAUAUCCUCCAAAGGUUUACGGAUUAUUGGACAAAUUCAAGCACAGUUUGCUAGUCCCAGGCCACUCCUGAGAGUAGAACUAGGACCAGGGAGUGAAACUUAAUAGCUGAUGAGCUCCUCAUGUCAGGAGAUGUCCAGCAGAAGCCAGGUGUCUCUUUAAAGGGAAGAAGGAGCAUUAUUGAGAUGACUUUUUAAAUCACUUCUACCCUGGAAAGGUAAGAUCUUAUGGACUGGGGGCCAUGGUUUAACCCAUUCAUAUCUGCAAGGUUCAAAGCCAAGCAGGUGGGGAAUGGCAAGAAGGCCCUGCUCUCCUGUCCAAGUCUCCCUGUCACACAGGCCAAGACACUGCUCUGGUCACAAAUCCAGGGCUCAUCCAGGCUGGUCAUCACCCAACAGGCCCAGUGAGAACAGCUGCUUUCCCACAGGCCUGGUGCCACUAGCAUCUCUGAUGAGAGCAACCUUAAUUCAGACCCAUGGCCAAGAGGGACAUCAGUGACAGUCAGAAGCAGUAAAGCUCUGAACAGGACCCCGAGCAGAGCAUUGCUCACCAUACACAUUAUCUGUAGAGGUUAAUUCUACCCCCACACCCCACUUGAGGCCUGCAGGAGCAGAUUGAAAAAGCAAAAGCACAAUGAAUCAGUUGACACAUGAUUAUAAUCAUUCCCAGUACAUAGGUUUCAUCUCCAGAUGGAUCCUGGGCUAGCCCAGGUUAAUGCAGGCUAACCCAUACAGCAAUCAGACUCAAAAGCACUUUUCUAUCUUCUCUUUUCACCCUACAUCCUACUAAACAAUGAAAGGCACAGAGUCAGAGCCUCUGCUAUUGCCUUGGAUACUGGACAUCCUCAUGGCCCUCAAGGAGACAUCAUGAGGUUUCCCACUGAACUCCAGAGAGGCAUUUUCGUAUCCCCUGGGCAUAUGAUAUUGCAUGAGACCAAAGUCUCCACACCGUUUUCAGCCUCCUCCAUGAAUCUCAAUGGCCUGCACUUGUACAGUUUGGGUGUUUGAUAGAUAAAGCACGUACGAGAAGAGAAAACAAAAUAAAUCAACUUCAAAAAGCCAGCACUGUGCUGUCGUUGUUCUUUUUUUUUCCUUGUCCUUUCCAAUUCUAGCUUAAAAGAGCUGAAGUGAAUAAUGUCGGGUCAAUGAAUAUCAGAUAUAUUUUUUGACUGUACAUUACAGUGACGUGUAAUCUUUUUACACCUGCAAGUCCAUCUUAUUUAUUCUUGUAAAUGUUCCCUGACAAUGUUUGUAAUAUGGCUGUGUUGAAAAUCUAUACAAUAAAGCUGUGACCCUGA